AUGAUUCGCGUCCAUCAGAGUCUCGCGGAAAGGAGCCGCGCCGCAGCCUCAGGCUUCGUCUUGCAUUGUGACGGCAAGGUCCCAACAUGCAACAAUUGCCGAAAAGCUGCGGUGGACUGUGUUGAGGGGGAGAGUGUCCGCCUCGGAGAUAUCCCGCGAGCACAGAUCAAGAGCUUACGACAUCGGGUGCAAUGGCUCGAGUCCAUCAUCAAAGUCCGUUGUCCAGACGUGGACCUAACACAGGGCGACGAUUUUGAGGCCGGUCAUGAUAUGACCGAGGCGACCCCUGGUGCAUCAGUAGAGGCGUCACGGCCUGAGUCUGAACCUGCUCAUGGGGUAGAUGCGAACCCUCGGAUCCUAGGCAGGGUGCAGGAUGGGCUAUCCCACGAGAUUGGUCUCGUGGCGCUCAAAGCCUCGCAGCACCCGCGCUAUCUGGGACCUUCGAGCGGCCACUUCCUGGCACGUGUGAUGUUGGCCACCAGCCGCCCUGACGAAGCAGGUUGGCGUUCCAAAUUUGGAGCCGGGACAAGCCAUACGGAAAAGUCGAUGCCUGUGGAACUGGUCGAGGCGCUCCAGGGGCCGCUACCAUUCCCACCGGCUGCGCAGGCGAGGCUCCUGUGUGACCAGUACUUUGAAAUUGUGCAUCCCCAGUUUCCGAUGCUGCAUGCGGCGACAUUCAAGGAAAGGCUGCCCCGUGUACUGGAGAACCCUGACAUGGACGACCAAGAUACCUUUCAGGUCUAUAUGGUCCUGGCGCUGGGCGCCAUGGUUGCCUCACACCAGCGCCGCGUGCAUCUACCCGCGGAAUCAUACUGCUUGUCGGCGCUACGGCGACUGGAGCGCAUCCACACGGAAAAGUCCAUCAAGGGACUGCAGUGUCUCCUGCUGCUGUUCGUGUUCACGAUACACAGCUCGAGCAUGAAACUCAGCGUGUGGCACCUCAAUUAUCAGUGCAUUGCGGCCGUCAUCGAUCUUGGUCUGCAGAGGAACAUCACGGCUGUCGCAAACUCGGACAUAACGGUGCUGGAGCAGGAGAUGCGGACCCGCAUACUCUGGGUCGUGUUGAUGCUGGACAGGAGGGUCGCGACAAUGAUGGGGAGACCCAUCGGUUUGAGGGACGAAGCGUGUGAUCUACGGCUUCCUCAAACUUUGAGCGAUGACUUUACUUUGUCUGGAGGCGAGUUGUCUGGACAGACAACGUCCUCCACGACAGCCUUCUCGCUCCAUCUCUUCAGACUCACCAAGCUCAACUCGGAGAUCAAGUACGUUGCCAUGAGUAUCCGCCGCGAUCCACCAUACUACGCGUUUCCACACGCCGCCGACCUGCAAGAGUGGCAGCGAAACACUUUCCGGAAACUCAACCAAUGGUUAGCGGACCUGCCACCGCAGAACUCUAACAAUUUGCAUAUCCACACCAUCUGCCAGAUUCAGGGCCAGAGCCUGAAGAUGGUGCUUCUUCGACCGAGUCCGGCGAUACCUGAUCCAUCCAAGGACGCACUGUGCCAAUGUCACGAAGCAGCGGCGACAAACCUGCGCCUUUUUGGGAAUUUGUACAUGGACAAUCUUCUGGUGCACGGCUGGGAGACAUUCUACCACCUCGUUCUCAGCUGCAUCACGCGGAUCUACUGUAUCAAGGUCGUGCCGGAGCUGGCGAGCGAGAUGGACCCCCCGACCUUGCUCGCGGACAUGGGGGACUGUCUGGGCAUUCUCAGCGCCACGGGCGAGCACUGGCCCGGGGCCAAGCGAUGCCGUGACAUCCUGCACGAUCUUGUCCGCUCGCUGGUACAGUGGCUGAGCGAUGUCAACAGGACAGCGGGAACGCGGGCGCCAGACACAGCAGAGCCCCGGCAAGAACAGGCGUCGAGGAGUCUACCUGCGGACACGGCAUGGGACGGGUCGCAGCUCAUGCAGCAGAUGGAGAAUGGCGGCGACAUGGCCACAGCUGACGCGCCUCUGCCGUUCUCUGGACGGGGCACGUUUGAUGGGUGGGCAGGUGUGGGAUUUGGCGACUUUAUGCCCGAUUCGCAGGCCAUGGACAUCCAAACCGCAAGGCUGGCCAAGCAGGGCGCCGUCGUUUUUGGCGGGAACCGCACAAUCACCCCGGCCACCGAGACGAGGGAGAUAAGCGAGGCAGAUGGGAGCAUUUGCAAGGUCGUCGCCAUGGGCGCCACGUCCAGCAUCGCUGGGGCUUGA